AUGAUUGAGGGAGAGGUCUAUUGUGCGCUAUGCGGCACCCUCACUUAUUUCAACCCACCCUUGGGUCGGCCGGGCGUGACCCACGGCAAUCUGAAUGCCUCCUAUAGCUUCCUCGCCUCCCCAGUAAGAACCCUCUGGUGGUUGAGAGAGACAAGUAUCCUUACUGAGAACCUCGGUGGCGUAGGAAUUGCCCUAAUGGAAGGCGCUCGUCAUCUCGGCAAUGGCCUCUACGCUUACGAUAUACGACAUAUGGGAACAAUAAAGCAAUAUGCGUAUAACAAUCAGACAGACUUUCCCGUCGCGUUUCCUGUCCAUGCUGUAUGCAUGUAUCUAUUCCAAAAGAUGCUUGAACCGCAAGAGUUGGACCUUGAUUGUGUUUACAAGGCAUUCAAGAAGUUUGCCAACUCAGCCCCCUCAAGAUGCCUGACCUUGGACUAUGGCGGCGCUGAGAGGUUCAUGGGAAAAUAUUGGAAAUUCGUUCCAGGCGAGGGACAUUAUCUGGUCACACCCUCCACGGACCAGGCCCUCAGAAGGUGGUAUGCUGUACUGCAGAACCAACCUCCAGAAAUGAAUGGGAAAACUCGGCUUGUUAAACGUCUACCAAGUUCAAGGGAUGACCCAUUUGUCAAGUUGCCUCCCGAGCUCGUCUUGCUCACCACGGAGCAUAUGACCAUGGCUGAUUUCUGUCAGUGGAGGGGAGCAUCGAGGAGGACUGCUCUUCUCGCUUUGGAGAACAAGAAUUGGAGGGACAGGCUGAUCCGGGAUAUGCCUUGGAUGUUUGACCUGCCCUAUCCCGAGAUUUCUGAGUCGCCCAUAGACUGGGAGAAGGUCUACAAGACACUUCACUUAGCUUCAUUCAGCCGGGGUGAGCACAUGAGUCCAGCCCUUAUCAACAGGAAGCGGAUAUGGCAAGUAUGUUCACCACUUGUCAAGGCUUUCUACGAGGAAAAGGCUAUCCAGAAUAAGGAAGAAGAGGAAAUACCCGAAACUAUGAUCGACGCGGUAGUCGACACGGGGCCCAAGCCAAAAUACAAGACUUGCCGAGACCUUCUUUUCCUUCGCAAGUUCGGCGACUUGGACUCUGUGCACCCCAAAAUUGUGGUUGAAUGGACCAGGAACCUCGAGUUCAAGGCCAUCAAAGUUGGAAACUGUGGCUUUGUGUACAAGAAAAGCAUGGGCCUCGACCUCGAAAACCAAGUGUUUUUUCCCGAAGACGGCUGGCUUGCGGGUAUAUCGAUACGAAUUUACCACGAUCAGCCGGAUGACGAUGAGGAAGAUGACAUAAUCCCGGCUCAAACAGUAAUUACCGGGAUAUUCUUUCCCUUCAGCCUACCUCCUGUUGGUGGUCAUGCCGACUUUGGAGACCCGGAAUGCCACGCCACGCAUCUUCUCGCACCCCGAACAGGGCAUUUCAUUGUUGGCCUCAAGGUGUACGACGACGAGCAAGACAGGGUCAUGGGGAUUGAACUCAUCCAGCAGCCGCUGGCAAAGUUAAGGCGGCCGAGCCGGAGGGCUAUGGUUGAUAUGGUUUCUGCGGAGGUAUGGGAUGCUGAGGAUACAAAGGAGAAGUUAUGGAUUGGUGUUGACGAAGAAUUUUUGGAUUGA